AUGCACGAUGUCCGCAUCGAAAAGAAAAAGAAGCGCAAACUGGAUGGCAUCAGAGAAGAGCCUGUUAGUGAUGGAACAGCUUUACCUAAAAAAGAGGAUCCCUUUACUAAGCAGAUAUUGAGCCUUAUAUGCACAAGCGCAUUAGGCUUAUAUAAUCCUUAUGAUAGUGAUGCAAUUCUUCCGGCCGUUCCCACCCAAUAUGAGGAGGGUGGCCAAAAAGCAACAAUUACUCCUGUGCAAUAUGUGGAUAUACCGCAAUCUCCCAAAAUAAUAAUCGAAGAUAACUCAGAGCUUCCAAUGGAUGAUGUGAACAUGUCGAGAUGUGAAACACAAACACCUAAGGUAGUCAGUUUAUAA